AUGCGAGAGGUUCACAAAAGAGCACAAACAGAUACGGAAGUGAGGAAGUUUGGGGGUCAAUUUUGCACGAGGCACAGUGAGGCAGAACUGGUGGUGCCUGCAAAACCAACCCCGCAUGAAACCAAGAAGCUAUCAGACAUAGACGACCAAGAGGGCCUUCGAUUUCAGCUUCCUCUUGUGAUGUUCUUCCAUGGAAGGAAAUCAAAAUCGAAGGACGACCCUGCUUUGGUGAUCAAAGAGGCAAUAAGCGAAGCACUGGUGUAUUACUAUCCACUCGCAGGCAGACUCAGAGAAGUAGCGAACAGAAAGCUGGUGGUGGAGUGCAAUGGAGAGGGUGUGUUGUUCGUGGAAGCUGAAGCUGAUAUAUCGCUCAUGGAGCUUGGGGAUGAAAUUAUAUGCCACCAUGUCCUUAUCUCAAUCACUUUCUUCUUCCCUUGCCUGCCUCUCAACACAUUCUUGGAUGCCCUCUCUUGUUCUUUCAGAGCAAUUUUAUCUAAUAAUUCUCGAUUUGUGUUGGGCGUGUGGAUGAAUCAUACAAUCUGCGAUACACUUGGCCUCGUUCAGUUCCUCAAAAUGGCCUCUGAAUGCGCAACUCACUCUCCGAUCUCUAAAAUCCCUGUUUGGCACAGAGACCUCUUGUCUGCACGACACCCACCUCGCAUCACUUGCCUUCAUCACGAAUACCACGAACCCACUUCUUCGCAGCCUGACCAACAAAACUUGGAUUCCCUUCCCGAUAGCCGAACAGUCCAUGAAUCUUUCUUCUUUGGCCCCAAACACAUUCUCUCGCUUCGAAAUCGUCUCACUCGUCGCCUUCGGAAUUGCUCCACCUUCGAGUUGCUGACUGCGUGUUUGUGGAAAUGCCGCACUGAAGCGCUUGACCUGAAACCCAGCGAGAUUGUGUCUAUUUCACCUUUUAUCACAGCUCGAGGAAAACAAAGCCUAGACUUGCCUGAUGGGUAUUAUGGGAAUGCUUUUGCUUUCCCGACGGCGAUAUCAGAUGCUGGAUUGAUCUGCAACAACCCAAUGGGCUACGCGUUGGAGUUGAUCAGAGAGGCUAAAGCACAGAUGAACAAAGAGUACAUGAGCUCCGUGGCUGAUCUUAUAGUGCUCAAGGGGCGUCCUAUGUAUAGAAGGAAUGAAUAUCUUGUGGCUGAUUCGACUCGUGUGGGGUUUUACGAGGUGGAUUUUGGGUGGGGAAAAGUAGUAUAUGGUGGACCUGCUGGAGCUAUACCAUGUGUUAGCUUCUAUGCUGCGUUCAAGAAUACGAGAGGACAGGAUGGCAUUGUGGUGCCCAUAUUGCUGCCAAGGAAAGCCAUGAACAGGUUCCUUUCUCUGGUGGAGAAGAUCACGAGUGAGAACGCUAUGGAUGAUCAAUCUCAUGAAUAUGCUGAUGGUAUGGCGAAGGAAGUUAAAUCAAAGCUUUGAUUCUUCUGCCACCUGCAUCAUUCAUUGUCAGGAGAGAUUUUAAAUGGAUCAAGGACAUGUCGGUUCCUACCAGUAAAUAGUCUGGCCUAAAUUCUGAACUCAGUAAGAAAGACAUUAAAUUUCCUUGACGUGGGUUUACUCAGUCCCAACUAAAAAUAGUCCUAAUUAUA